CAAUUCUGGAUAACAGGUGAAAGUCAUUUUCUUCUCAGAAACAGGGAGCGUGCAGCUCCAUUCAUGCGUCAAGCUGCCCUAAAUUAUGCCAUAUGCUGCUUUCGCAUUUGUGCCAUGACGAGAAGAGGAAUCUUCCUUUGGUGGAAUGUGUUUGGAGUGGAAUCUGCACCUGCAAUUGUAUUUUUAAAAGAACAUGGUGUUAAACCUGUUGUGUACCAUGGACCUGCCAACAAUUCAUGGUUUGUAGAUAUAAUGGAACAGAAUAAACAUCAAGAGCUUCCACAAUUGAGAAGUGUAACGUCCAUGGAGCUGGGUUGUGAUGCCUGUGGCUAUUCUCGUGCUGGAAAUGAAACGGCAAUUUGGUACUGUGUUAUUCUAGCAGGAAGAUCAAGCCCAGAACUCAACAAAAUGCGUGCAACUCUGCACAGGAUCCUAGAAGCACUGUCCACAGUUGAUAACGAUCAGCUGUCGUCACUAGCAGCUGUUGCACUGAAGGAAAAGCGGUUGACAUUUACCUGGCUUGAUGGGGAAGCCCAACAACGAUAUUGUUUUUUCCACACUCAAAUAGAGAACAGCUAUGAAACAUGUGGACCUAGGAGGGAUAUAACAAAUAUACCAGAGUUAAUUAUUGUACACACAAAAGGAAUGCUACAGAAGAUAGUAUUAAAUGAGGAAAAAAAACCAAAAAACAUGUUGGAGGCAUUUCUGAAUGACGAUGUGGAUCCUGCAUCACAACUUGUUGCGAGGUACAAUAGUUCCGAAGAAAGUUUAGAGAUCAUCAAGUGGAUCUCUCAAAUAAUUGAAGAUGGUGACUCUAGGGAGCUCCCCUUUUUAGAGCAAAAACUCCUGCACUUGUUCCCGAAGAUGCAGAUCCUAUUUGGUCAGUAGGUGCCAAAACCAUUCUAUCCAAAGGGACAGGAAUGAAACAGAGAAUUGGUAGCAUCAUGAAUGGAGUCCACAAUCGCCUGGGAUAUCCAAGGAUUGGCUCAGUCUUGCUCUUGGGAACAUUGAUGUCUUUUGGUGGCAUCUGGCUGCG